AUGAUGCGAAAAAAGGUCUUCACUCUUUUGGAAGGAUAUGUUUCAUUUACUUAAUCAUUUCAUAAACAAAACAAAGAACUUUUAAUGCUAACAAUAAGAGUUUUAUUGAUUAUAAAUGGUCUUUAAGAAUUAUCAUUAAUUUCUGGCAUAUAAAUAGACACAAGGUAUUCAUAUCGCCUAAUAUAGAAAGAUUUUCAAUAUUAUUUCACAGUUUAUAAUAACCAAUCAUCUCAUUAUAAUUGAGAAUUAAUCAAUGCUUAUUUAUUUGGUUAUUCUACAUUUUUUAAUAAAUAUUAUUUGUGUUGCCCUUGGGACAUUUUUUAAAAAUUAUCAAAAUAGUUAGUAUAUAUUUCUGUUAUUGAUUAAAAUAUAGCAUAAAAUAUUGAUACUUCCUACUUGGAAUACAAUAUUUUAUUAAAUUAAUCAUUACUCAAGUAUAAAAAUAUAUAUUUUGACAAUUUGUAAUUUGAUUAUGUAUGUUUAACAAUUUUUAUGGAUGUCAAUAUGUAAACAAACCUAAUUAAUUGAUUUUACGGGAAUAUUUUACCAUUAAAAUCUAUUAGUUGAUUUAUUUUAUGAAAUUUUGACAAUAUUAGCAAUUUUAUUUGCUGAAAUAUCAAUAGAAGCCUGUGUUAUUUUAUUUUUAAUUAAGUACUUUUUUAAAAUUUUAUUUUUAAAGAGUAUUCUAAAUUACAAUUCAACAUUUUAUUUAAUUUAUUAGGUAAUUAUGAUUAAUCUAAUAUUAUGUUUUGAAUUCAACAUAUAAUUUAUUUUUGUUCUUAUUACCCUUUCGUUUUCGAUUUAUAUUACAAUAAAUAUAAAAAGACGGUUAUUUGAUUAAUAUUUACUUGAUAAGAAUAUCACUUUAUAGAAAUGUUAAUUAGUUGAAUGGUUGAAUUAUAGUAAAUUUAAAAAUUAGCAUGCAUUAAUGUAAAAAUCACUAAUGAUGGCAAGUUAAUCAAAUAUUAAGACUCAUUCUAUGGAUCAAUUAAUUCAGAUUUUAUUAUCAAAUAAAAAAAAAAAGGACUAAUAAAUAAUCAAGAUAUAAUGUAAUUAUUCUUAAUAAUUUUAUCCACUAAAAUCUUUAAUACAAUUUCAUUCUUAACAUAAGUGUGAUGGGAUUUUAAAUAAGGCUUAUCUCAAUGUAAUAACUAAAGAAACAAAUACUUAAAUUAAAAGAAUUUAAGAUGCUUAAACAAAAAAAUAAGAAAUUCCUAGAUUAACUAUUUCAGGAUUCCUUUAGGCAUAAUAUAAAAGCAUAGAAAGUUUAAAAAUCUUAGAAUCAACCUUAAAAUAAAAGCUAGGUUUAUUAGAAUAUCUAAGAAUAGGAUUUUCAUCUCAAUCAAGAUGGCAAGAUAAAAUUAUUCCUUAUGUAAAAGCAAUCUCUGAAUGUAAAAUAAUGAUUUAAAAGAAAUAUAAUUUAUAAAGGUUUUGUAUAAUGGGUGAAUAAUAUUCUGACAUUUUAACUUUAAGAAUCUUGCAAUUAUAUUUUGGAAUUAUAAUGAUGAAUACAAAAAAAGUAAAUGUAAAAAACUAUAAAUUAGGCUUUAGAAAUAGAAAAGAUAGUUGAUGAUUUAUUGAGAUAUGAUAAAUAGUUUAAUGAAUUAACAAUUAAUAAUCAAAUUCUUCUAACAAGUAAAGUAAAAUAUACAUAAAUUAGAUAGAUCUAUGAUUAUACAAACAAGUUUAAUUCAUGAUCAGGGUUUAUUAUUAAAUUUUAAUAAAGAACAAGUUGCUAAUUAUUUUUAAUGCCCUUUAGAAGCUAUAGGAAAUUAUAAACAUAUCUAUGAUUUCAUGCCUGAUCAUAUUGCAUCUUUACAUGAUGAACUAAUAAAUAAAUUCUUGGAAAAAGGAUAAUCAAAAUUAAUGUAAGUAGGAUAAUUAAUUUUUUUAAAAACCCCUAAGAAUUUUAUAUUACCAAGUAAUAUUCAUUUAUAUAAUCCCUUAAAAAUGGAUGAUAUUACUUUAUAUGCUGUAUUAACAUCAUGUCCAUAAUAUUUUGAAUACAUAGUUUUUGAUUAGGAUGGCAUCAUCAUUGGAUUUACUUAAAAAUUAUUUAAUUUUAUUAGUGAUUUAAUUACUGAAAAUAAUUAAAAGUAUUAUAGAAUCUAAGAUAUAAUUGAUAAAGGAGGCCAUAUUCUUCAUUAUAUCUCUUAAAUUCCUCAACAAUUAAAAUAACUCUAAGAAAAUAUUAUUAGUACUUAGAACUAUUAAUUAAUAAAUUUAAGAUCUUUUUGGGAGUUACCAAACAAUAAUAACGAAUGCAUAAUUCAAACUUAAUAUUUAAUUAAUUAAAUGAAACUAGGAAAUAAUAAAACAGAAUAGGAAGAUACAGAAUUUUUAAUUGAUAAUAUUCAAGUUAAUUUAUUGGAUCCAAAUUUUUAAAAUAAAUUUUUUAUGAUUCUAAAUAAUAAAACAACCCAUUAAUUUAAUGAAAUAAAAUUAAAAAUCGAAUUGGCAUACACAAUAUAAAUAUCAAAAAUUUAUAAUAAGAUUUAUUUUAUAUUAGAAAUCAAAGAUUAUAGAUUAUCUGAUUAACCAACAACUUUGAUUUCAACUUAUUAAAAUAAUAAAUCAAAUGGUAAAACUUAAUCGUUGAGUAUAUCAUAAUAAUUAGAUUUUGAAAUUUCUGAUAAAAUUUCAUCAGAAGGUCAUUAAAUAAGAGAAAUUUAAAUAUUCAAUAAUUUUCAUUAAUAAUUAUUGGUAGAAAAAUUGUUGUUUGAUGAUCCUGAUAUAGAUUAUGAAGGAAUUUAAGAUAAAAAUUCUUCAAAAUAAAUGAAUUUUAGUUAAAACUAAUCAAAAACUCCAUUCAUAUUAACCUAAAGGCAAACACACAGAUAAUUAUUGUCUGGUUAACAAUCUUAUAGAGGAUCUAUGUAAAAAACUGAUUUUGUUUUACCAUAAUUAUCAGUAUAAGAAUAAGUUAAUAAAGAUUAUGAUAUAUUAAAUCAAUUAGAAAGAGAUAUGAUAGAAAUUUCAAGAUUUAAAUAAGAUCCAAUUUAAGAAUAUAAUGAUGAUAAAAUUGAAAAAGACAAUGUUGAUUACAUAUCGAAAUCAUUAUAAACUUCUAAGAAUAUAGACUAAAAUGAUCAUAAGUAACACAAUCAUAAAUUCAAUUCUCUUUAAAUUGCCUUAAUAAGAGAAAUUAUUGAUACUAGCAAUAAUAUUAGAUUAUUAACUAAUGCAAAAACUUUAACCUGGAUCUUAGAAAUUUUAAUUUUAAUUUAUAUCAUCAUAAAUACUUUGCUGGUUUAGAAUCAGUUUAUUAAAUUUAAAGAAUAAAUAUCUGAACUCAAAUCUAUAUAAACAUUAAAUAAUAUUAUUGUUUCAAAUUAUCAGUUGAUAUAAUCUACUUAUUUGGAUAGAUUAAAUAUUUAUACUUUAAGUCCACUUUUAGAACAAUCUCUAAAUUAAAGUUUAUCUGAAUCAUUUUAAACAAUAAUUAAUGAUUAAUUAGAUUUAUAGAGAAAAAGUUGUAUCUAUCUUGACAAAUUUGCAAAUGAUUCUAAUUUUGAGAAAUGCUUCAUAUAUUUUAAUCGGAUUUAAGAAAAUUAAUUAUCCUAUUUCAGAAACAGCAUUUUAAAUAAUCAUACUUAUGAUUUUUAAAAUGCUAAGAAAUAACCAUCUUACCUUUAAGAAUAAAUAUUCUAUUUGAUUUAUAAAUUUUUAAUUUAUUCUGACUAAUUCAAUGAAUAAUAUUCAGAAAUUAAAUUAAGCAACGUUUUUAUUGUCAUGUUAAUUACUGGUCUAUUAAUGAUUAUAACCAUAUUUUCAUUUAUUUUUAAAGUUGUAGCAUUGAAAUCAAGUCUCAAAUCAAAAUUAGUUACACUACUUUAAAGAUUAUCUUAAGAAGAAAUAGUUGAAUAGAUAGCCACUUUAACAAUUAUAAUUGAUAGUUGGAAAACCUAAUAAUGGAAAUAAUAUAAUUAUUAUGACUUAUGGAACAAUAAAUAAAAUCUAGUUUUUAAAGAAAUUGCUCCUCCAAAAAAUAAAAGAAAACUUUCGUCAAACAAUAUUCAAAAAAAAUUUUAAGAAAAAUUUUUAAUCUUUAUUGAAGCACUAAUUUUAAUAUUUUUUAUUGUAUUUUUUGUUUGUGGGUUCAUUUUACUUUUAAAUUUAUUUGAUUCCUAUAUUCCCUCAGUUACUGUAAAUUAACAGUUCUUAUUAUUUUAAUAAAAAGUAGAUUCAAGUGUAACUUUAGGAUAAAUUAUUAAAACUGAACCAUUAAUUAAUAAUUUUAGAAAUUAAACAGAAUAAUUCUUAAUUAUUUAAGAGUAUUUUAAAAUAAUUAAUAAUUUACAAACUAUCAUUUUUAACAUCACUGAAUCAAUAGUUUAAUAUGAUUUUAUUGAUUCAUCAUCAAUCAAUGAAAUUUUAAAUUCUUUGAAUUCAGAUUAUUGUUAAUUAUAUAACUUACCUUUUUGUACAAUAAAUUAAACAGGAAAAUAAUAUUUUUAGAAUGAAUCUUAUUCUUAAUUUCUAAAGGAAGGAGUUAAUGGGAUGAUUUAACAUAUGUAUUAUUUUUCAGUAAGUGAAUUUGAGUAAGAAAAAUAAAAAGGUUUUUUUGAAACUGAUGAGAAAUUAAUCAAGUAAACAAUCAGUUAAAGAUUAUAUAUUAAUAUUUUUAUUUAAUUUGUAUUAGAUAUAUAGCAAAUAAUAGAUCAAAGUUAGGAUUUAUUAAUAAAUGGAAAUGAGAAAGCAAGUUUGUUAAUAAUAGAUAAAAUUUUAAUUUAUUAUUAUGUUUUAGGUUGGAUGUAAGUUUUUUUAUUAUAUAUUUAGCUUAAUGUUUCUUCUUUUAAUUGUAAAUACAUAUUUAAUUAGAGCAUCAGGAUUAGAAAUAAAUUAAUAUAAAUAUUUAAUAUUGAUGAUUCCUGAAAACAAGCUGGAUAAUUCUGUAAUAAAAUAGAAAUUAAUAAAUAUUAGAACAUAUUUUUUUUGA